GCUUCCAGUUCCGGUUCGCCUUGCCUUCUGCGCCGCCGCGCCAGACCAACCUCGCUCCGUCGUCCAAACCAGAUGCCCCCGCGCUUAACCCUCCUCCGCCGCCUCUCCACCCACGGCGACCCCAACCUCGCCACCCUCCUCGCCGUCCUCCGCUCGCCGGAGGCCUCAUCCACGCCGCUCCCGCACGCCCUCUCCCGCGCCUUCCCGUCCCCGUCGGACGCGUUCCCCCUCCACACGCUCCCCGACCUCCUCCCGCGCCUCCCCUCCCCGCUCCUCUCCCUCCGCCCCGACCUCCCCUCCGCCGUGCCCCUCCUCCUCUCCUCCUCCCCGCACCCGCUGCCCCUCCCGCACUACGCCCUCCUCCUCGGCAUCUCCACUCAUGCCGGCCUUUUCCCCGUCUCACUCGCCGUCCUCCGCCACAUGCGAUCCUCCGGCCUCGCGCCCAACGUGGCCUGCUUCCACUCCGCCCUCCGCGCCGCACGCUGGCAUGCUGAUGUCUCCGCCGUUCUGGACAUCAUGUCCAGAUCCGGCGUCAACCCGACCGUCCCCCUGAUCGUGACCGCGGUGCAUAGGCUGGCAUACAUGGGCGACUUCGAAGGUGCCCGCUGUCUGAUAGACAAAAUGCCUGAGUUUGGAUGCGCGGCCAAUGUGGUGGUUUACACCGCAAUGCUCGACGGGAUGCUCGCUUUUGGUCAUGUGGAUGCCGCAGUGGUGCUGCUGGAGGAGAUGGAGAGUGGCAAGUUGGGUGCCGGGUGUGUGCCCAACGUGGUGUCGUACACGUGUUUGGCGAAAUGCCUGUGCCGAAAAGGGAGAAUGGUGGAAGCUCUGAGCUUGCUGGAUAGGAUGGUAGCUAGAGGGGUGAUGCCGAAUCGCAUUUUUGUGCGGACACUGAUUGAUGGGUUUUGUGCAGCCAGGGGGGCUGGCUUGAUUUCCAAGGCAUAUGAUGUGGUGGAGCGUUUGGUCGUUGACGGAACAUUGUCAAGCGGGCAGUGCUAUAAUGUUCUUCUGGUAGGGUUGUCUGUGGCUGGGAUGACAAGGGAAGCUGAAGGCCUCGCGCAGAGGAUGAUGAAGACAGGGGUGCAACUGAGCCCGCUCGCAGGAAGUGCAAUGGCAAGGGAGCUGUGUCAGAGGAAAAUGUGGUUGCAUGCUUGCUGUUGGUUGAGACUGAUGGAUGAGAAUGGGGUGCUCUGUGAUUCUGAUGUAUAUGCUGGCGUGUUGCUGGGGCUGUGUCAAGAGGGGCAUGUCCUUGAGGCCUCGGCGUUGGUGAGGAAGGUCAUGGAUAGGGGAAUACGCAUUGACGCUUCUUGCGCUGAUUGUUUGGUGCAGUUACUGAAGCAGCAUGGUGAUGAGGAUUUAGCAUCACAUGUAUUAGGAUUGAGGAGAUCCCCUGAAGUGAUGUCUCUGUGAGCAUUGUGUGGUUCUGUGCUCAAUUCUUGUAGAAGAUGGUUUGAAGAACAAGAACAGUGCAGGGAAAAGACUACCAUUCAUCGGAGGACCUGUUGUUUUAACACGAUCUGCUAUUGUUCAUGGAAGAGAGACCCCCGUGUUUGUCAAAGCUAUCACAAUAACUCUAGAUAUCUGCAGAGAGGGAAGCAAAUUAUAGCAACUAGAAUACCUGCAUCAAUUUUAUGCACAUGUGCAAUUCUUCAGUGCACUAUCUGUGUGUGAUAAUUUUGUGCAUAUCCAUGCAAAUGCAGCCUUCUCUAUAAACAUGCUUUUUUUUUCAAGGGAAAUAUACACCCGGUAUUUGCAUCGAGACAUAGAGAACUUCUGAGAAUACUGUCACCGCUGUGUUCGCACCUGAAGAUUUUGAUAUACAUUUAUGCAAUUAGUUCAUUAAAUGAUACAUCAUUGUAUUAUACUAUUCCCCAAAAGGCUUUCUUUUUGGAGGCAAGAUUUCUACUCGGAUAAGAGCUCAUAUACAAGCAACUGCAAAAGGAUUAUUGUCCUAACAUCAUUUGUUACUUUCUUAGCAUGGGCAUGCGAUGAAGCUGCAGAUGGAGGCAGUGUUUAUGGGCAUUGGACUAAUGGACACGCUUCUUGCCGCAUAGAUGCUUAAAAGGGGCUCUAGGCAUAUGAAGUUACCGGGCGUUGCGUGCAUCUCCCUGGCCACCUGCAUGGAAGAGAACCAAGCAUACAAUUGGACAAUAUACUCUUUAUAGUCUUAUGCUAUCUCGUAGUAUCCUGCAAAUACCUUUCAAAGUAGAGAUCAUUACUUCAAACUGGAGCAAGGUUGUCGCUACGGACUAGCUGGUUCGUGAGGUUCUCAGCCCAGGCUUGCUCUCACUUCUGGACCAUAAACACCUCCGCCUCCUGGCCUCAACCGUGGUGACAGCCCCUGCUUGCCUUUCUAGAGACGGCCCUGCCAUUUUUUUGGUACUAGAGAGUCUCCAGUAGCUGGUCAACUUUGCUUCACAGUAAUCUUCAGCAGUUCAGCGGACCCCCGGUAACACAGCAUAUCAGUCGAUUAGCAUGUCUUUUGGAUGCACUGUUCUUUUGCACGGUUGUGUAGGCAUACAAAGAGGCAAGGAAUCAGGUUCCGCGAGAUGUUGGCACUGCACCGUCGACUUCAGGGACAACUGCCAGUAGGCUGUCUUCGCAUCUUGGUUGGCCAUUGAGGAACAAUUAACGUUAGAUGUCGUUGUAUUGCUCUAAUUAUAUUUCUUCAACCGAUGGCCGCGUUGAUAAUUAGUGUCUGACCGGUAUUUGUUAUGAUCACGUAAUCCUCACAUAAAACGAGUCUCAAUGUCUAGCUGUUGGCCCCAUUAUUGAGGAUUGCGCACAACAAAUAAAAUGUCGGGUUAACCGAAAAUCGCGAAGACCAUCAAUGCUUGUUGCUCAACAACAAUCCUUGCAUACACUCUCUAGUUUAUAAGAUCAUU